AUGGCUGCACAGCGGGGGUUGGUGGUGGUGGAGAUGGGAGGCCGUCAAUUGGAUAGGGAGGAGAAAAAUGCAGAGUCCCUCACGGGGAAAAAGUUCAAGCCGGAGAAGGUCCCACUAUCACGGUGGGAGUUCGCCGCCGCUUUGGGUGUGUUCUUGGUGUUUUCGACUGGGUUGUUCUGCAUCUACCUCACCAUGCCAGCAGCUGAAUAUGGGGAGCUCAGGCUGCCCCGCACUCUGUCUGAACUUCGUGUGCUUAAGGACCAUCUUGCAACAUUUGCAAAAGAUUACCCAGCUAAGUUCAUUCUCGGUUACUGCUCAAUAUACAUAUUCAUGCAGACAUUUAUGAUUCCUGGGACUAUUUUCAUGUCCUUGCUUGCUGGAGCUCUUUUUGGUGUUAUCAGAGGCCUUUUUUUGGUUGUCUUUAAUGCCACUGCUGGUGCAUCAUCCUGUUAUUUCCUGUCUAAGUUUAUUGGCAAGCCUAUUGUUAACUGGUUGUGGCCUGAGAAAUUGAAAUAUUUUCAGGCAGAGAUAGCAAAACGCAGAGAGAAAUUGCUUAAUUACAUGCUCUUUUUGAGAGUGACUCCAACUUUGCCAAACCUUUUUAUCAAUUUAGCAUCACCAAUUGUGGAUAUACCAUUUCAUACAUUCUUUCUGGCUACUGUGCUAGGUCUCAUUCCAUCUUCCUUUAUUACAGUCAGGGCAGGGCUUGCUCUUGGAGAUUUGAAGUCAGUCAAAGACCUAUACGAUUUUAAGACCUUGUCUGUGCUUUUCCUUAUUGGAUUGCUUUUAUUAUUCCCAGCCCUAUUGAAGAGGAAGCGAAUAUAUGAAUAG